AUAGAUGAGUAGAUGGAUGGAUAGAUGGAUAGAUGAUAGAUUGAUAGAUGGAUGGAUGGAUGGAUGGAUAGAUACUUUAUUAAUCUUGAGGGAAAUUCAAGUGUUCAGCAGCUUACAUAUAACAGAAAUAACAAGACAGGUGGGUUAGUAACAUUAGCAUUAACGGUGAAAAGUGACACCGACAGAGCAGCAGUACAUGCAAGCAAUGCCAACAUCAGUUCUGAGGAUAGAUAGAUAGAUAGAUAGAUAGAUAGAUAGAUAGAUAGAUAGAUAGAUAGAUAGAUAGAUAGAUACUUUAUUAAUCCUGAGAGAAAUUCAAGUGUUCAGCAGUUUACAUAUAGCAACAGAAAUAACAAGAAAAAGACAGGCAAGUUAUUAACAUGAACAUUAAAGGUUAAUAUAUACUUUGAAAAAUGUGCUGCACAAUACUAUUAAAAACACUCACUUCUACUUUGAAAAUCUAUAGAAAUAUUAAAUGUAUUAAGGUCAGUAUACAGUAUUUACACAUUUAAAGUGAUUUAAAGUGACUUUGACAAGUAGUAAGACAACAGUUGUGUAAAACUACAUAAAGUACACAGACAUAUUUAAGUUUACAAAAGAUUUACAUAAAGAUCCAUAUUGUUAAACCACAUAAUCCUGCCUGAGAGGAUGUCAGUCUUUCACUGUAAUCUGCUGGAAUUGUCCCCUAAAGUCUAAUAAUUAAUUAAUAAACCUUUCAGUCAACUUUACAUAAACACCACCAUGUUUGCAUUGGAUGUUGCAUUGGAAAACCUGCCCUACAUUUUUCAUCAUUAAAUUAUACAUUAUUUUAUUUCAUGAUAAUUCUACUGCCUUAUAUUGCAUAGCCCUGGAGUGACAUGACACAAUUGCAUGAUGAGACAUCAGAUUGUGCAGGUUUGUCUUGCUGUUUACAGAUUGGACUGUUCCGGAGUGCCACCAGAGGGGGGCGCUCCAGCAUAAAGCUCAGCAUCCUUGUGUAAUCUGGAGGCUGAUGCCGGCGCAUCGCGUGCUGCGGCGACAAAUAACGGUGGGAUGGAGCACUUCUACACAUUUAAUGUAACAUCAUGCAGUAUUUAUUUAAAGCGAGAACAUUACAGUGAUCACGGUGGUGGUUGCUUCUUCUCCAACAAAGGGGCAACGCAUGGCGCACGACAUGAUUGAGAAAAAUCCACAUGGGUAACCUAGACACUGCAACAUGGCUGUGCAGAUGAUGUGUUUAAAUUCAACGAGAUUUGUUUUCAUUUGAAUCCUAUAAUAUAGACAAACAGAAUGAAAGAUGCACUUUCCACUUGAGGAUCUACACUCGUUAGAAUCAAAUAUGCCUGCCUGUAUUGUUAUAAAUCUAUAUUUUCAUGAGUGAUUGAACAUUUCUGUGUAAAAGUGUGCGUACUGACUCACUUGUGCGCCUCAUCAUCCAGGGCUGAACGCGUGUAAUGGGAAGCACUACCUCCCUCCUUCAUGCGUAAAUUAUGUAGGGCAGGACGGGAAUGCUUUGCUACCUCCAUUUCAGAAAACCCGGCCAGUAAUUGUUGAGGAAGGUGGAGGGGGUGAGGGAGAAAACAAGAAGAAAAAGAAGAGAGGAAUCAAAUCAAACAAAAGAGCGACCCUCGUUGUCAGCCCAGUGUCAUUUAGAGGCGGAGGAAGCACAUCACGACUGUCCUAUUGUGAAGCCAAGGAGGAGAAAAGAUGGACAUUACGGAUCAAGGAGCUCAAAUGGAGCCGCUCUUGCCAACGGAACAAGGUUCCCAGGAAAGUAAAGAUGUGAGAACUGAUGAGGAAGCAGUGGUGGACCGUGGGGGCACACGCUCCAUGCUCAACACUAACUUUGAGAAGGAAGAGCUAGAAGGUCACCGGACUCUCUACAUCGGGGUUCACGUCCCUCUGGGCCGGAGGUCACACCGACGCCACCGUCACCAUGGACACAGACACAGGAAGAGGUCCAAGGAGAGGGACUCCUCGGCUGACGAUGGACGAGAAUCCCCCUCGCACACAGACACACCAGCUCAGAGGGUGCAGUUUCUGUUGGGGACAGAGGAUGGCGAUGAGGAGCACAUCCCCCACGCCCUGUUCACUGAGCUGGAUGAAAUCUGCCUCAGGGAGGGAGAGGACGCUGAGUGGAAGGAGACAGCCAGGUGGCUAAAGUUUGAGGAGGACGUCGAGGAUGGCGGUGAGCGGUGGAGUAAACCCUACGUAGCUACUCUGUCUCUACACAGUCUGUUUGAGCUCCGCAGCUGCAUCAUGAAUGGCACUGUGAUGCUGGACAUGAGGGCCAACUCACUGGAGGAAAUCGCAGACAUGGUCCUGGAUCAGCAUGAGGUGUCGGGUCCUGUGGGUCAGGAUGCCAGGAGGAGGAUCCGUGAAGCCCUGCUCAAACAGCACCAUCACCAAAACCACAAGAAACUGGCCAACCGUAUCCCUAUUGUACGCUCUUUUGCUGAUAUUGGCAAGAAGCAGUCUGAGCCUCAUUCCAUGGACAAAAAUGGCCAAACUGUUUCACCUCAGUCCCAGCCAGCCAACAACGAGGGCAAACAGGACGUCAGCCGAGAAAACAGCGCCGUCGACUUCAGCAAGAUUGACCUCCACUUCAUGAAGAAGAUCCCUCCUGGCGCUGAGGCGUCCAAUGUCCUGGUAGGGGAGCUAGAAUUCCUAGAACGCCCCGUGGUGGCCUUCGUCCGUCUGGCUCCCGCUGUGCUGCUCAACGGUCUCGCUGAAGUUCCCAUCACUACCAGGUUUCUUUUCAUCUUGCUUGGGCCUCUGGGAAAAGGUCCACAGUAUCAUGAAAUCGGUCGGUCUAUUGCUACACUGAUGACUGAUGAGAUUUUCCAUGAUGUUGCAUACAAGGCCAAAGAUAGGAAUGACCUGGUGGCGGGCAUCGACGAGUUUCUGGAUCAGGUGACGGUGUUACCGCCUGGAGAGUGGGACCCUUCCAUCAGAAUAGAACCUCCUAAAAAUGUGCCCUCUCAGGAAAAGCGGAAGAUUCCCCCUGUUCCCAACGGAGUGACAGACCUGGGAGAGUCGGGGGAACACGGAGGGCACGGCGGCCCUGAGCUGCAGCGUACCGGGAGGUUGUUUGGCGGGUUGGUCCUGGACAUCAAGCGAAAGGCUCCUCACUAUCUUUCUGACUACACAGACGCCCUCAGUCUCCAAUGUCUGGCCUCCUUCCUCUUCCUCUACUGCGCCUGCAUGUCGCCUGUCAUCACCUUUGGCGGACUCCUGGGUGAGGCAACAGAGGGACGAGUGAGUGCUAUUGAAUCCUUGUUUGGGGCUUCCAUGACUGGAAUAGCCUACUCCCUUUUUGCCGGUCAGCCCCUCACCAUCCUGGGCAGCACGGGGCCCGUUCUCGUCUUUGAGAAAAUCCUUUUCAAGUUCUGCAAGGAAUAUGGCCUCUCCUACCUCUCCCUGAGGGCCUGCAUUGGCCUGUGGACGGCCUUCUUCUGUCUGCUGCUGGUGGCCACGGACGCCAGCUCGCUCGUCUGCUACAUCACACGCUUCACUGAGGAAGCUUUUGCUGCGCUGAUCUGCAUUAUCUUCAUCUACGAGGCCCUGGAGAAGCUCUUUCAUCUCGGGGUGCACUAUCCCAUCAAUAAACACAACAAUCUUCAGAAACUCACGCAGUACUCAUGUGGAUGUGUGGAGCCCAGGAACCCGAGCAAUGAAACACUACGUUUCUGGGAGGAGAGGAACAUCACAGCAUCGGAGGUCAACUGGACCAUGCUGGAGGUCAAGGAGUGCGAGAUGUUGCACGGGGAGUUUGAGGGCAGUGCCUGUGGCCCCCAUGGCCCCUAUAUUCCUGAUGUCCUCUUCUGGUGCGUGGUCCUCUUCUUCUCCACCGUCUUCAUGUCGGCUUUCCUCAAGGAGUUCAAGACCAGCCGCUACUUUCCCACCAGGGUGCGCUCCAUCAUCAGUGACUUUGCCGUCUUUAUCACCAUCCUGACUAUGGUGUUGGUAGAUUAUGCCUUGGGGAUCCCCUCACCUAAAUUACAGGUUCCCAGCAAGUUCAAACCAACCAGGGAUGAUCGUGGCUGGGUCAUAAACCCUGUGGGGCCUAAUCCCUGGUGGACCACCAUCAUCACUUUCAUUCCUGCUCUGCUCUGCACCAUCCUCAUCUUCAUGGACCAGCAGAUCACAGCUGUCAUUAUCAACAGGAAGGAGCACAAACUGAAGAAAGGCUGUGGAUACCACCUGGACCUGUUUGUGGUGGGGGUCAUGCUGGGAGUGUGCUCGGUGAUGGGCCUCCCCUGGUUCGUGGCGGCCACCGUGCUCUCCAUCUCGCACGUCAACAGCCUGAAGCUGGAGUCAGAGUGCUCGGCCCCCGGAGAGCAGCCCAAGUUCCUGGGCAUCCGAGAGCAGCGCUUCACCGGCCUGAUGAUCUUUACCCUGAUGGGCUGCUCCGUCUUCAUGACCUCUGUGUUAAAGUUCAUCCCCAUGCCUGUGCUCUACGGAGUCUUUCUGUAUAUGGGGGCCUCCUCACUCAGAGGGAUUCAGUUCUUUGACCGUCUGAAGUUGUUCGGGAUGCCAGCCAAACAUCAGCCAGACUUCAUCUACCUUCGCCAUGUCCCGCUGAGAAAAGUUCACCUCUUCACCAUCGUCCAGCUCAGCUGCUUGGUCCUGCUGUGGGUCAUCAAGACGUCCAAGGCUGCCAUCGUUUUCCCCAUGAUGGUCUUGGCUCUGGUUUUCAUCCGUAAACUGCUGGACUUCAUCUUCACCAAGAGAGAGCUGAGCUGGCUGGAUGACCUGAUGCCAGAGUGGAAGAAGAAGAAACUGGAGGACGCCGCACAAGAGGAGGAACACAGUAUUAUUGCAGAGGAGGAAGGCAUUGUACAAGUGCCACUAGAGGGACACUACAAGAGUGACCCAGCCACAGUGAAUAUCACUGACGAAAUGUCCAAAGGAUCUUUCGGGAACGUUUGGAAGAGUGUCAACCCUGCUGAGAGCAUUAAAAAGGAACCAAGCGCUAAAAGCUCCCCUUCCUAACCUCUCAGAAGCUGAUAUCCCAAAGUUGUCCCAGAGGCGAGAAGCGACACAAGCGACGGAGACAUGAGAAGAGCUUGGACAGGGAGACAAGUUUGUGAUGACACAUACUGGUGGAGCCACUGUGCUGUCAAUCAGUAGGUCAAAAAAACAAAAAACAACUAUACCGUGCCACACUCAACCACCUUUGUACUGUGCUACACUGUGUUUUUUCGUCAUGUAGGUCUGUGUGCAAGUUGUGUAAAACAAAGCAACAUUUGUUAGAAACAGUAGAGGAAAGCGAGACACGUCGGUGUUCUUUUUUCUAUGUAUAUCAGUGUUUGGUGAUACCAGCAGUAGAAGGAAGCCAGAAUUAUAUGACACCCGCAGUAACCACUGUGUCGAUGGGCCAAUCCAGUAAAAAUUUUGAACGAUUUUUAAACUUUAUUUGUAUUUUGUAUGUUUUUAUAUUUUUCCAACAACGAUCGCGAGUUGUCCUUUUAAAAACCUGCCACAGCAAACAGCAAAUGCGUGGAUUUUGUGUGGGUCAUUUAAUGCCGCUGUUGAAUUUAGCACGCAUCACAACAGAAAACUAAAAGAGUAGAUAUUUGCCACUACUAAUCUAUUUCACUGGUAUAUUUCACUGGUAUCUUAAAGAGUUGGCUAUAUAGCGAAUCUAGUAAAUUUUUGAACGUAACAAAUAUACGUUUUCUAUAUUCGGUAUAUGUAAAUGCUUGUGUGACAGUGACCACUCAUUUCACUCCACAGUCUUCUCCUUUGCUGUUUUACACAUUAAUGUGUCUCUUCUAGUGAAGCGUUUCCCCAUCGAGUUAAAGAAAUGCUUUGACUUUGUGGGAAAUAAGAACAUUUGCUUUGUUGCUGAGAAUUUGAUGAGGAGACACCAAUGUCACGUCUGUGCUCUAAAUAGGAACCUACAGCAGGGGUGUCAAACUCAUCUUAGUUCAGGUUCCACAUUCAGCCCAAUUUGAUCUCAAGUGGCCAGUAAAAUCACAGCAUAAUAACCUUUAAAUAACCACAACUCCAAUUUUUUCCUUUGUUUUAGUGCAAAAAAGUUCAUUCUGAAAAUGUUCACAUUAAGGAAUUAUCUUUUUACAAAACAACCUGAAAUUUCUGAAGAAAAAUAAAUUGAAUUUCAGCAAAAUUAUGCCUCAGUUAAACAUUCACAUAAAAUAUAUUACAAAAAUGAGAAAUAAAACGUCAAAAAAUGAGACAAACGACACGAAACAAAACAACAAAGAGACAAAAAAUUUGACAAAAAACUUACAAAUCGACAAAAAAAUGGACAAAUGACACAAACAAGACAAAAAAUGACAAAAGCAAUAAACAAAACAACAAAAAAGUAGAAGACACGAGCGAGACACAAAAACACAAAACGACGCAAAUGAUGCACAGAAUAACGAAUAAAGCAAAACACAAAAUGACACAAGACAAAAAACACAAGUGAGACAAAAAGGAAACACAAAAACGACAACAUGAGACAAAUGACAAAAAUCAGACAAAAAACAAGACAAAAUAUGACAAAAAUGAGACACAAAAUGACAAAAAUGAGACACAAAAUGACAAAAAAAUUUGACAAAUGACACAAAGCAAAAGAACAGACAAACAAUUAGACAAAAAAGUAACAAAGCAACAAAAAAUGGACAAACGACAAAAACAAGACAAAAAAUUACACAAAUGACACAAACGAGAAAAAAGGACAAAAACGACAAAACAACAAAAAAAAAUAGACCAACAACACAAACGAGACAAAAAGGAAGCACAAAACAACAACAACAUAAGACAAAUGACAUCAGACAAAAAAACAACAAAAACAAGACAAAAUAUUACAAAAAUGAGACCCAUAAUGACAAAAGAACAAUGAACAAUAUAAUAUUUUACUUUAUGAUCAAAAAAAACUUGUCAUGGUCUAGAAAUUAUUCUGAAUUUAUAGUUUUACAAAUUUAUAAUCUACAGUUAAUGUCUUCUCUGGAAUUUUUACACUUUGAGGGCCGGAUUGGACCCUCUGGCGGCCCGGUUUUGGCCCAUGGGCCGCAUGUUUGACACCCCUGACCUAAAGCCAGCAGCUGGUUAGCUUAGCUUAGCUUAGCACAUGGACUGAAGUGAAACAGCAAGCCCGAUUCUAGUCAACAGUAAAUUAAAAUAAACACUAAAAAUUCACUAAUUAGCACUUUGUAUGUUCGUUCUUUUAAUUCAUAUGAAAGCAAAAGUGUAAAACUUAAUAUUUCUUGCUUGCUUCAUAUGUAUCGCACAGAUACAAGAGACAUAUCUUGCAAAGAGAGAAACGAAUCUUAUUUUCCCAGUAUUUCUUUUGAUUAAAAUAUUUUUUUCGGGGGGGCCGUUGGGGCAGCUUUUUGGAAAAUUACUUCAUUUUCAAACUAGCAUGGCAGCGUAGUUCAGGAACUCUAGGCAUCUCUGGCUGCUUGGCCUUGGCUUUUUCAGAAACUCCUCAAAUUUGUAAAAUGCUGAACUCUUGGGUGACUGUACAGAAGGCUCCGUGUUUUCCACGUGCGUACUCUCCGUCAUCUCGUCAGUAAGUGUCAUCCAUGGACAUGUGAUCUCCUCUCCAAAUGACCCACGGUGUGUUAGCAUCUGAAGCUAAUUUUUUUUUUGUUGUUGAAAAAAAAACACCUGCAUAAAGGGUGAAACAGCCUCGACUGUCUUGCUGCAGGAUCAUGGUUACUUCUAGAGAUGCAAUAAUACCUUUUUUCUGGGAAGGGCAACAUGUAAUAAACGGUAAAGAGUCUUAACAAUGUAUAAUACAUAGUAUAUUUUAUUCAUGUAAAAUGUUACUAAUAUAUUACUAACAUGAGUAGGUGUUGAAUUCAGGUUUUUGUUGUAGAUGUUCUUUUCCCCAUUGUCGAAUUGAUGGUUCUUAGUUGAUUAGAGAAAUUAAUUAUGGGUCAAAAUUAUAUCAAUAUCAAAUAAUUUGACCACUUCUGUGUGGAAUUCUGCCUUAAAUUUGGUAGUAAUAGCUGUACACUUUACGGUUUAAUAUUUUAAAUCACCUGUAUAGAAAACUCAUCAGUUUGGACCUGUUGUUCAAUUGUGAUUUGUUUCAGGAGAAUGAAAGUGAGAGAGAGAGAGAGAGCAUAAAUAAAGAUAUUAAACUGCUGAAA